AUGGUAACAAAGUCUGAUGGUACUGAUGCAUGUGAUACUAAUGGAGAGACAGGUAGUGAAAACUGUAGACACGAUGGAGCUCAUAUCAUAGACGUUUCAGAGAAGGGUAGUUACCAAUGUCCUGGUGGUUGUGGUAAUAACAUCACUGUGGCUGAUAACUGUGCCACUAGUGAGUAUUCAUACUCUCAUCUUGUUGGUAGUUUCUUUAGAUUUAAGGAUGGAGUAACGGAGCAGGCUGGAAUUAACUUUCUACAGAGUACCACUCGAGUGUAUGUAUAUUACUAUCCAAGUGGGUACAAUAGAAUUCCACUCUUGAUUUAUCUCCUAGAAUUAUCAGAUAAAUGGUACCAGAGAACCUCUAUUGACUCGGUUGAAUGGAAUGAAGUCGAAGGAACUAAACCAGGUGGUCCUACUAAUAGUUCUGAGAUUAUUCAACUUCUAAAAGAUAUAUUGCCAACCGUUACCGUAAAUGUUGGAUAUAAAACUGGUCUUGAGACAAGUGAAAGUAGCACUAGUUAUGAGGAUAAUUCUGAAGGAGGUGAAGAAGGAAAGCAACGGAUAAAUGUUAAAAGAAAGAAUAUAGAGGCACAUGGAGAAGGGCCUAAAUACGUUGGUUUUACUCACUCCGUUCAAGAUAAAACAUAUUUUGUGGUUAAGGAUGUGCAGUAUAACACUUCCACUCUCCCUGGCAUACCACUAACUUUCAUUCUUACAAGUGUAACAGCAUAUUACUCUGAUGGACCUAAAUUUACGCUUAAAAAUCUUCUCCUAGUUGGAUUUGAGAAAAGAGGUACUGAUCAGAAUAACUAUGUAUAUUACGGUAGGAAGGACGGAGGAUCUAAUUGGACUCCUCUUCAUGAUCAAACCGGUAAACUAGAUGAUACUGAGUUUAUCAAAAGCUUACUGAACAAAGGAGGAACUUGA